CCUCUGAACCAUCCAUUCUAGCAUCAACCAAAUACACAAAUCAAAUGUCAAUCAGUCAAGUAAGGUUCCAUUGUGAAGUAAUUCCAUGUAUUGUAUUCCAGCUGCAGGCUGUUGCUGUGGUGAAGGCCUACUGCUCUCUUGCCCCACCAAAAUCACUGUUCGAAAAUGAAGACUACACCAAAGACUUUAUUGCCAAGAUUAAUUCCGAUUUGGAUGAUGGGAAUGGGAAUAUUGUAUACUCUCUAGAAGGCCACGGUGCAAACCAAAAUCCCUUCAAUGUGUUUGUAGUCAACCCUAGAAGUGGACACAUUUGUGUCACCAAAAUUCUUGACAGGGAAUUCAUGGAUUUCUACAAUCUGGCAGGUGUUGCUAGGUACAAGAAUGGCAGCCUUGCAGAGGACAACGUUAACAUAAUAAUCAAGGUUGUAGAUGAAAACGACAACUCUCCAGUGUUUCAAGACAUCCAGACCGGGGGGGUGAAUGAAGGCAGUCCUGUAGAUACUCCAGUUAUGAGAGUAAUUGCAACUGAUGAUGAUGAACCAGGGAAUGUGAACUCUCAGAUCGCCUAUCACAUCAUAGAUCAGACUCCAGCUGAUGACCUGUUUCGCAUGAACAAAUCUGGAUACAUCUUUGUCAAACGAUCUGGUCUGGACAGAGAGCAGCAGGCAGAUGGAAAGUUCAAAAGAGCUCUGGAAGACCCACUGUACGCUACCCACCCACCCCAACCAGGGGAGUUGGUGGAGACUAAACCAGAGCUAAAAGGAGAAUAA